AUGAAGACACUCACCGCAGUCACGCUGCUCCUCUUUACCUCACCCACUCUGUCCUCCGUCGUCUUCUCCCUAUCCUCCGAGCCAAACGGCCAAGGCCUAUACAAAUCCUGGGUCGUAGAUCGCUGGAAAUGCCAGAACCUCGACGCCGACAUCGACAAGCAAGCAAGCUGGGCUUUUGUAGCUGCUGGCCUCGCAAACGGGUGCACGCUGUACGAAAAUGUGAAUUGUACGGGGAAGAGUUUAUACGUCGAGAAGAACAACUCAAACAUUCUCGGUCCUGGACCUGUCAAUCUUACGGACUACGACUUUGAUAAUAUUGCUAGCUCGUUUACUUGUCUGUGA